AUGGCGGAUGAAAGCAUAUCUGGUAGGGUUACAAGAGGUAUCCCAUAUACUCUUCAAAAUUUAGAUUCCCCUUCUUUUGAUUUGGGUAUUUCUCAGCAACAACAUGAUGUUGAUGCAGCUUCUGCUGAGAAAUUGGUUGUUGAAAGGAGAUCUAAGAAAAUCCAUGAUCCUGCCAGAAUCAGAAAUCCUUCAACUGCCUCCAAAUUCCUGGUUAAACGUCUCCCCAUUCAACUGAUAUGUUAUGCUUCAUAUAUGAACCAUAACAUUAAAGAUGAGUUGAAGGACAAACUAACUGAUAGACAAUUCAAGCUAUUUUCCAAAACUAUUUUUGGACAAUAUAUGCAGAUGCAAGUUGACACUGAGGUGCAGGGUCAGUUAUUUAGGUGUUUUAUGGUUUGGGAGUUGAAGCGUAGUAAUAGCGAUGCGUUUGUUAUCGAUAUUAAUGGGACGAAAUUGACAUUCGGUCUUUUUGAAUUUGCUUUAAUUACUGGUUUAAAGUGUUACGGGGAUGAAGUUGCCUUUGACGAGGGUCCUAACAGAUUGUUGGAUGAAUAUUUCGGUGGUUCUGGUAAUAGUGUUUUAAAGAUGACUUUAAAUAAGUGCUUUGAAGACAAGGGUUGGGGUGUUGGUGAUAACGCAGAUGAAGAUGCUGUAAAGAUUGCGAUCCUGUAUUUCAUUCAUAAUUACAUACUUUCAAGUGAAAAGAGGAACGUCACAAUCCCAAGACAUCAUUUUGACUUGGUGGAGAGUGAACAGUACAAUGAAUAUACAUGGGGUAAGGAAGCAUUUGAUGAUUUGAUUAAGAGUAUUCAGCACAAGAUGGACAAGCCGAAGCAGUUUUAUUGUCUACGGGGUUUUCCUUUUGCUAUGCAAGUGUGGAUAUAUGAGUGCUGCUCUAAUGUUGACCCUAAUUUAAUGUUUAAAACCAGAAGCCGAAUCCCAAGAAUGUUUAAUUGGAGAACAGUGAACCAAAAGCCAUCAGUUAACUACUUGAUGUUGGGCAUGUUUAAGGACGGUGAGGACAUUCUUAAAUUCAACAACAUUGUUCCGACCAUGUUAGAGGUUGAGAAGCUUGGUCUGCGUGCAUACCUGGUCAACAGACUUGCACCACCACCCCAAAUACACCAAGAGGAAAAUGAAUAUGCAGAUUUUACCACAACACCUCCCCAUGUUGCUGCUGCCAAGAAAACUCAAAAGAACGAUGCUUCAAAAUCUCCACCGCACAAGAAGCCUAGGAAGAUGUCGACGACAGCAUUGCUUGUUCAGAAGUCACCAACCACAAUCCCAAAAAAUUCUACAGUUGGACAAUCAUCUAAAAAAUCUGCUUCGGUGGUAGAUAAGCCGGUUCAAUCAAAGGAAAAAGAAAAAGCUGCUCCAAGUGUCCACCGCGUUCCUGUUGACGACGUAUCCACCAGCAAACCAGUUGACCUCACAAGUUUGAGGCAGGAACUUAAUCAAUUUAAGCAGGAAGUGCUUGCUGAAUUCAAGGAUGUUUUUACUGAGCUCAAGGAUCUUCGCAAAAUUAUUGAUGAAAACUUCGAAAAGGUUUUGGAACAUGUCAAAGGGAAACAAAACUCAGAAAAGGAUGAUGACAGUAAAACUCAUGUUCCUUUACAUGAUGGCAACAUACAUCAACAAGCUGAUAAUUACAUGGACCAUGGUGACAAUAUUCACAUGGAGACUGAUACGGGUGAUGUGCAUCCAACAGAGAUUCACGUAUUUUAUAUACUUUUGGCCUGUGAUUUUUAUAAGGAGAAGGGUCUUGCACCGGAUAUUCAAGUCGGUAUUGGCAAUGAUAGCGGCGAUACGCUGAAAGCUUCAACCGAAGAGAUCGGAAGAGGUGAUUUUUCAGCAGAACCGAGACUUCGGUUGAACGUCCGGCUGAUCCAACAGAGGUAUGAUGAAAAUUUGGGAUCUACUGGACUUUAA